CACUUCCUGUCUGUCAAAACUGACCCCGCCCUCUCAUAAUGCAGCAUGGGCGAAAAUACCAGAAUCGGUAGAACCACUUGAAAAAUUGGACCUCUUUAUUGGUAUUUUUUUAGCUGAUUGAAGAACAGUGAUGGUCCAACGAUGCCGAUAGUGGAUAAACUCAAGGAGGCGUUGAAACCUGGUCGAAAGGACUCUGGUGAGGACGGGGAUCUCAACAAGCUGUUGGCAUCGUCUGCCAAGAAGGUCCUCCUGCAGAAAAUCGAGUUUGAGCCGGCCAGCAAAGGUUUCUCCUAUCAGCUGGACAGCCUCAAGAACAAGUAUGUGAUUCUGAAUCCCAGAAGUGAGGGCGCCACGGGGCAGAAGGCGUCCGAGCCUGCUCCGAUAAAGAGGCAAGUCUCGGAAAAUGUGAUCUGGAACCAGAGUGACGGGAUCCCCGCGCCGCAGAAGAUGCUCUUUCCAGCAAACAAGCUGACUCUGAAGUGGGAGCGCGUGUACAGGGUGGGAGCUGGCCUUCACAACCUCGGAAACACCUGCUUCCUCAACUCCACUGUGCAGUGUCUCACCUACACCCCGCCACUCGCCAACUACUUACUCUCAAAGGAGCACAGUCGCACUUGUCAUCAGUCGGGUUUCUGCAUGAUCUGUGUGAUGCAGAACCACAUCAUCCAGACCUUUGCUAACACCGGCAAUGCCAUCAAGCCCGUUUCCUUCAUCAGGGACCUGAAAAAAAUUGCCCGACAUUUUCGCUUUGGGAGUCAGGAAGACGCUCACGAGUUUUUGCGGUACACCAUCGAUGCCAUGCAGAAAGCCUGUCUCAACGGUUACCCCAAGCUGGAUCGGCAAACGCAGGCCACAACACUGGUCCAUCAGAUCUUUGGAGGUUACCUCAGGUCAAGAGUAAAGUGCUCUAUUUGCAAAAGUGUGUCAGAUACUUAUGACCCUUACCUUGACAUCGCUGUGGAGAUACGGCAAACGGCAAACAUCGUUCGAGCCCUGGAACUGUUUGUUAAACCAGAUGUUUUAAGUGGAGAAAAUGCUUAUAUGUGCGCCAAGUGCAAGAAGAAAGUGCCGGCCACCAAGCGCUUCACCGUCCAUCGAACAUCUAACGUUCUGACCUUGUCGCUGAAGAGGUUUGCCAACUUUAGUGGAGGAAAAAUAACAAAGGAUGUUGGAUACCCAGAAUUCCUCAACAUCCGCCCCUACAUGUCUCAGAGCUCCGGUGAUCCUGUCAUGUAUGGCCUCUAUGCUGUGCUGGUGCAUUCUGGGUACAGUUGUCAUGCUGGCCAUUACUACUGCUACAUCAAGGCAAGCAACGGGCAGUGGUACCAGAUGAAUGAUUCAAUGGUGCAGUCGAGUAACAUCAAAGUGGUUUUGAACCAGCAGGCAUAUGUGCUUUUCUACCUGAGGAUCCCUGAAACUAAGAAGACUGCAGAUGGACAGACCACCAAGACGGGGAUGUUGCAUUCUGGGAAGAAUAAUGCAUCGUCGGAGCAGAUUAAGAGAGCUAACCUAAAUGGGCCUCUGUCCUCCCCACAGGUCACAAAGAAACUUGAGCCUGCACAGCUGAGGAAGAUUCAGUCCAUGGACAGCGGCUUGGGUUUCCCCGUUUUCAGAAAUGGUGGCAAUGCUCAGCUGCAGCCAAGACUCCCCAACUGGACGAACGCUACCAACGGUCCACCAAAGCUGGGGAGUGGGCCCACCGUCAUUGAGGAGCCUUUCAAGAAGGUGAAGAAGCCCAGCCCUCAGGGCCAGGUGCAGUCGCGCAGCACCACGCCCACCCCUUCCAACAACGGGGUCAGCCGGAUGGAGGGGGAUAAAAAAGCGGGUGGGGAGAGCAGAGGAAUGGCAGCAUCUACCUCAUUCAAGUCUUUGUCGGACUCCUCCUCUGCUGACACCUCUGAGUCAAAGGACUCCAUCGGUACCAAAAGUGCACCAGCAGGAGAGACUCCCUCCACUCCUCGGAAGGGAUCCAGCAGCCUGGCUUCUCCGGCCAGAAGCUCGGAUCGCUCGCAGAGCACAAAAGAGCAGAAGAUGACUAAAGUAAAACCCCCAGCGCUCAAUAGCAUCGCAUCUGAAGCCACCAACACCAUGUCGCCUCCACCUGCCAAAAAACUGGCCCUGUCAGCCAAGAAGGCUCCCAGCCAGAAUCGGAGCACUGAUGUUCUGUCCCAUUUGCCACACCGGCUGUCCCGUGACCCUCUGCAUCGAAAUCAGUUCAAUUCCUUCACCAGUGCCACACCCAGCCAUACACACGGGGCGGGUCCAUUCCAUUCGCCUAAAACUCAGUCACUAUCCUCUGGCCAUUUCUGUGGAUCCGUACAACAGCCGAGCCUUCUUGUUUCAGACGCCAGCCCGUCUCAUAAAACCAAUGGUUUUCACCAUCCAAGCCCAAAGAGUCCAAAGUCUUCCAACAACCCCAAAAUGAUUACUCAACAGUCAGAUGUUUCCCCCCAAGCUCCAGAAGUGAGCCAGAAGCAGAAGAAGAAAAAGCGUCGGCAUUCUGAAGCGGAGGAUAAAACCGAGCCGGAGACGUCCUCGACUCCCGUCACACCUUCCAGCCCUCUGGAGACGGCGAGCGAGAGGAAACGCAGGAAGAAAAGGAAAAAGCGAAAGAGGGAGCGUGAGGAGGAAGAGAAAAUCCAGGAGGAGGAUUGGUGUCAGGGUGGCUUAUGGAGCCUGACGUCUAAAUCGGAUGCAGAACCCUCCAAAAAAAAGUGCCAGAUAUCUAACGUGAGCCCGAAAGCAUGCGAGUCAGCUGAGGAAGAGCAGCACAGGGAGCUGGUGAGGAAGAAGAAAAAGAAGAAGAAAAAGAUCAUUCAGGAUCUGGAAGAUUCUCUGCAGGAAACAUCUGAAAGCUCAAAAAGGAAUCUUGAGAUGAACACCACAGACGUUUGUAAUGACACACAAGACUCCGGAUUGUUGAAAAAGAAAUCAAAAGUAAAAAAGAAGCGGCUAAAAGAAAAGGAGCGACUGAGGGACGAAGGCGAGGAAUCUGCUGCCUCUUUGCCCGCGAACCCCCCCUGUGAGCCUGACGCCUCAGAGAACAGCAGAACGAGCAAAGAAAACACGAAAGGGGGUCCAGCCUCUGUGGUGAUGUGGGACAGUCAGAUAAAGGAUGUUUCGAAGCGCAGUCAAGCGGAUGGGAGUACAGCAGUAGAUGCUCCCAUCCGUGUGGCCUGGGAUGGGAAAAAGACGAGCAACGUAGUUGAGGAGCUUCUCAAGAACUCCUCGGAUAAAGCUUAUGGAGCAAACGUCCUCACCUGGGAUGGUGAGGUGUCUGCUGUCAGCAGGGAUGCCAUUGAAGAUGUCCGUAAUGCCAAGUUCGACACUGUGAUUGAUGAGUGGGAUGAAGAUUUUGACAGAGGAAAGGUGAAAAAAAGUCAAAAGCUAUAAAAGUGAGAAGUGGAGGAACGGCAGCAACUUCUUCCAGAAGAUCCAAGACAGGCGGAACAAGUGGUCUGUGACGCUCGGAGGGAAGAGGGCGUUUGGUGGCAGACGGUGAGGGCGCGGAACGCCGCUGACCGCAAAUCUGGAAAUCGAAACCAAGUUGCCAAACCAAAUGCGUCUGUGCGUGUGCCAGCUCCAGGACGCUCGACGGUCUGAUGGACAGCACCUUCAUCUCUGAGGGUGAACAGAAACAUCAGGAAAUGUUUUCUUUAGUGGAAAUCUUUUGAAGUCCGAGCAUCAAAUAUUUCAAAGGGAACCUGUGAUCAUCUUGUCUAAAAACUGUAGGUCUGCUUUUUUUAAGGCUCAGUUUUUGGUCCUCAAAUUGUUGAUAUGAAAAAGAAAAAAACGCAACCCAGUUGUAAGGAGUUUAUUUGUGUUUUUGUUUGUUUUUGACUUUUUUCCGUCUGAGCAAACUGCUGCAAAAGCAGCAACAGUAAAGGGCUCACAGUGAAGAAGUGACCUUUUAUUUUGAAAUCCUUCAUAUUACACAAAUCAUAAAUUGAUUUAAAUCUAUAUUUAACCUUUUUGGUUAUUUUAUUUUUUGCCUAUAUUUUUAAGUAUUACUUUUUAUUACACUUUUAGCAAAACCCAUAAUUAUAAUUUAGGUGGUCCAUGUUUGUGUUGCUCCUUACCAGCCUUACUACACUGUGCAUUAAGGUUUUACGGCAAACCCGGAUGGUGAGAAUUGUUUUAAAUGCAGUAACAGACUGAGUUGUUGAUGUCAUCAAUCUCCUAUCAAAAACUUCAAAUCCAGAGUUUCCUAGAAAACCUUCUUGAUUCCCAUCUUUUUCUCUUUAUGCAAUGUUCUGACCCUCCCAGAAACUGGGCUGACACUCAGGUACCCAGACCCCCUGUACCUCACCUUUAGCCCUCUCUCUCUGGGCAUCCAUGCCGCAUCGUGUACAUUUGUGUAUAAACUGUUUUAUACAAACUAUUUCAGGAACCACAGGAUCAUCCUCCACCACCACGGGCACAUAUUUGUAGAAAAAGGAUCAACAAAAGCUUUGUAGACGACUGUACAGUCCAUCUUCUAUCUGUAUUGCUGUAAAGAUGCAUUUCUUUUCAUUCUAGAGAUGUUGCCUUGAAUUGGCCAUAUACAGUGUAGAAUUUAAGACUAUAAAUAUCUAAUUUAAAGGAAAAAAAACGGAUCUUAAAUGUGCUAAUAAUACUCAAAAUAGUUGGUGGAUGUUCACUUGAGAAUUUCUUUUGAAAAUGUAUUUGAGAGUUGUUUUCAUGUCGCCCUGGACCGAAGCUGUUCAGAUGUUGAGUUUGUUGGAAAAGGAGGCUGUGACUUGUGGUGCAGAGCUUCAUGCUGGAGCAAAUGAACUCUCAAUGUUCUCAUGGAGUCUUGUAUUUUGCACCAACCUCUCUGAUCAGGAGGGAGAACUUUCAAAGUGAAAGGCCCUCUAGCCUCAAUAUAGUUACCUGAAAAGGUGCAAUAAAGUUGUGAUUUUUUUCGUG